GCGCGCCAUCAUGGAAUCGAAGUAUGCCGCUCUCCUUGCUCUGGCUGCCGUUGUGGUCCUGGUGCAGCCUCCCUUCUGCGCAUGCGCCAUAAACGAGGACCUGCUCCUGAGCUUCUCGAAGUCAGAGAUCGUGAGCGACGUCAUACCGGCGGUCCCCGAGCGCGCGCUCAACGUCAGCUACCCCGGCGGUGCGGCCGUCAACUUGGGCAACUUUCUCACGCCUGCGCAGACGGCUCACGCGCCCGACGUCAACGUUGUUGGAGACCCGGGCCACUGGUACACAGUGAUUCUCUUGGACCCGGACGCGCCGUCCAAGAGCAAUCCGAAGAUGCGUCACUGGCUCCACUGGCUGGUGGUGAACGUGCCGCACAACGACACGACCACGCUGACAAAGUACGCCGGCCCGACUCCACCUCCAGGCUCCGGCAGGCACCGAUACGUGUUCCUCGCGUACGAACAGAAGCAGUCCGGUCGCGCGCAACACUAUGAGCGGCUUCGGCAAGGAACGGGCGAAGUUCAACCUCCCGGCGUUCCUCGAAGCUCUGGGCGUCAAUCAACUGGUGGCCGCCAACUUCUUCUACGCCGAGAACAAGUAGCUCGAACUGCACUCCGACGAUGCCUUUCUCUUCCAGAAGGGCGGGGAUGCUUCUCAGCUGGCGGUCAUACUCCUCCAGCCAUCUUCAACGUCCUCGCCGCGAAGCCCGCGAACAUCGUUGGGUCCUCUGAGGGCUCGGUGGACCAUCCAAGAAGGGCCUGUGGCCGCAGGGGCAAGCUUGGGAAAGCCUUGAAUGAGGAUGAAACUUUGACUCCUCUGGGUUACCACUUGGCCAAGCUGCCCUUGGAUCCUCAGACGGGCAAGAUGAUCAUCAUGGCGUCCAUCUUCUCUUGCCUCGAUCCCAUCCUCACGGUGGCCGCGAGUUUGAGCUUUAAGGAUGCCUUCAUGGUGCCACUGGGAAAGGAGAAGCUUGUGGAUAAAGUGAAGAAGCAGUUCGCUGGAGACAGCAAGAGUGACCACAUAAUGCUCGUCAACGUUUUUUCUCAGUGGGAAGAAGCAGUAAAGCAUCGCAAUGGCAAUGAUUUCUGCUAUGCAAAUUUCCUUUCGUGGAACACACUCAAGAUGCUUUCGAACAUGCGACAACAGUUUGCCGAGUACCUGCAGGAGCUGAACUUCAUCAACUCAAAGAACAUCAAAGCCCGAGAGUUCAACCAAAAUUCUGACAACUUGAAAGUCUUGCAAGCUGUCAUCUGUGCUGGCCUGUACCCAAAUGUUGCUAAAGGCAUUUUUGCCAGAAGUAAAAGACUCAUGAGGUGCUCCACAAAGACCGAUGCAAAGACAUCACUACACCCAAAGUCUGUAAACGUUGGCGCAGCGGGCUUUGACACUCAGUGGUUUGUGUACUACACCAAAAUCCGAUCUACAAGGACGUACCUGCACGACAUCACUCCAGUCUAUCCCAUUCCACUGCUGCUCUUUGGAGGCUUUUUCAGGCACAGUGGCGACACCAUCACUCUUGAUGAUGGAUCACCAUUCAUUGCGACUAUUAAUCUCUGGCAAGCCUUCGUGAAUAACAACACGAAAAAGGUGUUGCAGAAAGGAGACAAAUUGAUUCAGUUGGACUUGGCCAAAACACUGGACGACAUCGCCAAAAACGGAGCUGACUACUUUUAUAAUGGCUCCUUCGCUAAGGAACUCGUUCAAGAAGUCGCUGACAAUGGUGGUGUGAUGAUUGAAUGGGAUCUCACGAACUACUCGGCAAGUUGGGUGACGCCGUUGAACAGGACUUUCAAAGGAAACCUCACCUUGUAUACCGCACCACCGCCAGGCAGUGGCGGAGUCGUCGCUUACAUACUGGGCAUCAUGGACGCUUUCCGCGCUAAGGAAGAUGAAUGCCUCCAGGAGAACGUCUCGACGUUACACAGGUUCGCUGAAUCGUGCAAGUUUGGGUAUGCGAAGAGAGCCGACCUUGGUGACCCUCAAUUCGUGGACUGCGAGCAGGUGCUUACCGAAAUGACCUCUACGGAAACAGCCGAAACAGCGAAGGGCAAGAUAAAUGACUCUCGCACAUUUGGUAACCUAGAAUACUACGGCUAUACCUACGGGAUUGCGCGACAUGACCAAGGAAAUGCACACGCCACCUUUUGGUAUCGGGACGACAUCGUCAUCGCUGUGUCCAGCACAAUAAACCAUCCGUACGAUUCCGUUUUAUCGCAGUCGUCCCUGAUAACAGCUAGGGUGCCACGUUAGAUUAAUGGACUUUUG